AUGCACGCGCAGAUUAUAUAUAUGAUCAUGUUUGCUCUGGAUAACGCUGCCACGCCAGAAGUGCCCGAGAUACGUUUACAGAUGCUCAUGACCUUUGACCUUUAUGGGAAAAGGAGUAAAGAAUUCGAUUCGAUGGUAUGGUUCCCCGUCAGCGACUUUGAUAAUCCUGGCGUGACUUGGGAAGAGUGGGUUUAUACCGAGUCGCGGCGAAGAUGUGCCGUUACUUGGUUCCUCUUGAGUCGCGUGAUAGACCUCAAGUUUGGGGUUAUGUGCCCCAGCAUCAGCAAUUACCGCGCGCUCCCGCUUCCUUCCCCGGACUCGCUUUGGAGUGCUAGGACACGAGCGCAGUGGGAAAAUGCCCGCGUGAUUCAUCUUGAACGGAAUAACUCGUCGCUGCGGACAUUUGGAGAUCUAAUAGAUGCUCGAUUAUGUCCUCAUAACUCAGACCGCGGGCAUGAGCUGAACAGAUGGUAUGCAAACUGCGACAAGCUGGGACUUCUCUUAACCCUGGCCACCACCAUGGUGUAA